AUGGAUUGUGGGUACGGAGUCCAUAACUCCGCCAUCUUCAGGAGACAGAACUACAACCCCGCGGUGCAUUGUGGGUACGGAGUGCAUAACUCCGCCAUCUUUAGGAGACAGAACUACAACCCCGCGGUGCAUUGUGGGUACGGAGUGCAUAACUCCGCCAUCUUCAGGAGACAGAACUACAACCCCGCGGUGCAUUGUGGGGAAAUGGAACUUUUCGUCCACGGCUUCCCCUCCGACGUCGCCGCCCUCCGGUUCGAGUGGGCGUGGCAACACCCCAACUCCUCCCGCCGCCUCCUAUUGGCCGCGCCGGCUCGGCGCCGCGGCGAGCAGCCAAUCAGCUUCGCCCUGCGCGUGCUGCCCCGCCUCCUGCGGGCCCCGCCCUGGUGCCGGCUGCCGCUGCGGAUUCGCUGGCUCCGCCCCCCGGGCCACGCCCCCGAGCUGGCCCCGCCCCCUCACGUGACGCAGGAGGAAGGGGCGGGGCCGCCGCGCCUUAAAAGGAAAAAGGGGCGGGGCCAAAAGCCGGAGGAAGGGGGCGGGGGGUGUGGCCUGUGCGAGGAGGAACAGGCCACGCCCCUUUUGCGCUGUCCCCACCCCCAGUGCAAGAUGGCCGCCCAUCCCCCGUGCCUGGCCCGGCUCUUCCUGGCCCCGGAGCCGCAGCAGCUGCUGCCAAUAGGGGGCGCCUGUCCCGGGUGCCACGCCCACCUCCUGUGGGGCGAUCUGAUUCGUCGCUGCCUGGGGGAGGCGGAGCCUGAAGAGGAGUGGGCGGAGCCCAAUGACGUCAUC